CCCUGGACUAUAUAAGGCAGGUGUUGUCUUCAGACAAGCAUCAGCAUCGUCCAAGCACUAGUGGCAGCAAAUCCACAGCAACGAGGAAAAAGAAGAAAGAAGUUUGCCUUGACAAAAACUCAAGCCUGAAGUCAUGUUCUCCGUGCUAUUGAAACCCCUUAGACCAGUGGGGACUGUCAGAGGACUGCAUAUGUCUGCAAUGGAAGCCUUGAAGCCGUUAACAUCUGAGGACAGAGUCACAGCCAGUUUUGGAAGAUUCAUCAGUGAAAUUAAGCCCCAGCAUUUGUCCUCUCUGGUGCUCCACCGCAGUAAAAGGAUGGUGCUGGACAGCAUCGGCGUUGGCCUGAUUGGAAGCACAACUGAUGUGUUUGAAUUGGCCUUGCAGCACUGCCAGCACAUGUAUGCUCCUGAUGACAUCAGCUCUGUGUAUGGACGCAGGGACACCAGGCUCUCCCCGACACUGGCGGCUUUCGUCAAUGGAGUGGCGACUCACUCCAUGGACUUUGAUGACACAUGGCACCCUGCCACCCACCCCUCCGGAGCCGUCCUUCCCGCUGUUCUAGCUCUCAGUGAUAUGAUGCCAGCCAACAACAAACCCAGUGGCCUUGACUUCUUGCUGGCCUUCAAUGUCGGCAUUGAGAUCCAGGGCCGACUACUGAGGUUCUCAAAUGAGGCCCACAACAUCCCAAAGAGGUUUCACCCUCCCAGCGUGGUGGGGACUAUGGGAAGUGCCGCUGCCUGUGCUCGACUCUUGUGCCUGGAUUCGUUCCAGAGCAGUCAUGCCUUGGCUAUAGCUGCUUCUCUCGCAGGAGCGCCAAUGGCUAAUGCUGCCACUCAGUCUAAACCCCUCCACAUAGGCAAUGCUACACGUUUGGGGCUGGAAGCUGCUCUGCUGGCCUCCAGGGGCCUAGAGGCCAGUCCUCUGGUCCUGGAUGCUGUCGCAGGGGUGGCCGGCUUUAAUGCUUUUUAUGAAGACUAUGUGCCGCAGGCUUUAGAAUCACCCAGCGAUGAAGGCCACAUGUUCCUGCUAGAGGUGCAGGACAUGGGCUUCAAGCGCUUCCCCGCCCAUCUGGGGAUGCACUGGGUAGCAGAUGCUGCAGCCUCGGUCCAUAAGCUUCUCGUGGGAGUUGGUCCUGGUACCGUCUCCCCUGCUCAAGUGCAGGAAAUCCUGCUCAGAGUGCCCCAGUCUAAAUACAUCAACAGGCCUUUCCCUGAGUCUGAGCACGAGGCACGCCACUCCUUCCAGUUCAAUGCUUGCAGCGCUCUCCUGGAUGGUGAGGUCACCGUUCAGUCCUUCAGCCCUGCUGCCAUGAGCCGCCCCGACCUGCACGCCCUCCUGAGCCGCGUUCGUGUGGAGCAUCCUGGCGACAACCCGGCUAAUUUCAACAAAAUGUAUGGUGAGGUCCAGGUGACACUAGUUGGGGGAGACAUUCUGAACGGGCGCUGUGACACCUUCUACGGUCACUGGCGCAACCCGCUGACCAACGAGAGCCUGAGGAAGAAGUUCAGGAACAACGCAGAGGUGGUGCUCUCCUCUGAGAAGGUGGAGCGGCUGAUUGAAGUGGUGGAGGAGCUGGAAAGACAUGCAGACUGCAGGGCCCUUCUCGCAAACCUUCAAUGAACAUUGUGCAUAUA